AUGGAGACUGAAACUCUCUCUGAAACUGGUGGUGGUGGUGGCAUCCAAGAGGAUGGCGACCCAACCAAACGGCGAAAAAAAAAGUACAAGAAGGUGAGUGGUGAACAAGCAAGUGACAAUAGCAGAGAAUUUGCAAAGGAAGAAGCUGAAUCAUUCAGGGAUAAAUUGCUUGGAACGCAACAUGCUGUUUCAAGUGACAAGAAGGGAAGCCGGGUAUUUGAUGAUGCCUGGAAUGAAUACCUCGCAAGUUUAAAACGCUAUUUCAUCAAUGGGGUGGCCGAACAAGACCAGGAUCAGAUGGAAGAUGAGGACUGCCCGAUCCUCAGAGUACCCCGAGAGGAAUAUGAACGUUGGUGCGCUCCAUGGAGGAAGUCGCUCAUUGUCAAACUCCUCGGCAAAUGUAUUCCACUGUGGCUAAUGAAACAAAACCUCGAACGCCUGUGGAAGACAAAACAUGCAUACACCAUAAGGGACUUAGAUAAUGACUUUUUUGUUGUUUCAUUUGAUGAUGAAUAUGAUAUGAACCAGAUUCAUCAAGAGGGUCCUUGGAUGAUAGUAGAUCACUAUCUCAUCGUGCAACACUGGAGACCCAACUUUGAUCCCUGGGAAGCUGAACUUCAGAAAAAAAAAUUGCAGACUCUGAAGGUUGAUAAGAUCACUUAUGCUAGUGAGAGAGGACGAUUUGCUAGAAUCUGCGUUGAGUUGGAUCUCAGGAAAAAACUAAAAUUGGCCAUCAACGUGUUCGGGAAGAGACGGAUCUUAGAGUAUGAAGGAUUACACCUAAUAUGCUUCCACUACUGUAAGUACGGUCACCAUAGAGAUAACUGUCUAGAUAAUGCUCAAAUUCCAAUAUCCAAAGAAACCGUUGCCCCCAAACAAGCCAACAUUGAUGGAUCAGGAAACAUUGCUAAAGUCAAUGUGGACUUGAACUUGGAACCAAAUGACCCACUUGCUCAUCAGGCACCUUGCCACAACGUGUCAGAAAGUGGAAUACCGAAGCGUCCAAAUGAGGAUAAGGUAGCAGAAGACUUUUUUGGCAAGCACCCAGCACCGUCGACGGAGGGCCUUAGGGUCUAG